AUGGGGAAUUGUCAAGCGGCUGAGGCAGCGACGGUUGUGAUCCAUCAUCCGGCGGAGAACAAGGUGGAGAGGAUUUACUGGUCGGUGACAGCGAGUGAUGUCAUGAAAUCCAAUCCUGGCCAUUACGUUGCGGUGGUGGUGACGUCAACGACACAGAGAAACGAGAAAGGAUCGCCACUGAAGCAGCUUAAGCUCCUUCGUCCUGACGACACUUUACUCAUCGGACAUGUGUAUCGCCUCGUCAGCUUCGAAGAGGUUUUGAACGAGUUUGCGACGAAGAAAUGUGUGAAGCUUGGGAAGCUAUUGAAAGAAGGAGGAGGGCUUGAGCUGAAGAAGAAGACGAAACAUGGGAAAAAGACGGAUCGGGAAACGGGUCGGACCAACCCUAAUUCGGAUCUGAAAGAAGAUGGGGCUAAUGACACGGUCGCCGAAGAAGACGGUGGAGAUGGGUUUAUGAGGCGGAGCCACGGCGGAAGAAGAGGAGGCGGUGGAUGGAGGCCAGCUUUACGCAGCAUUCCGGAAUUUGGAUCCUCGUGA